AGCACCUGUGCGUCCUGUCACAGAGGAGCGAGGCGUCUUCCCUGACAUCACCAACACCAAGCAGGAGAAGCAGCACCAGGAGAAGCAGCACCACACCAUCAUGAAAAUAACAGUCAUUACCGUGCUGUUAGUCCUAGCUGCUACCUGUGUCCCUUCCCUCUGUGGAACCACCCAGCAGCCUGACCCCCUUCCCCGAGCCCCAGCUGAAACCCGGUCCCGUUUUGCCCCUCUAGAUGAUGUGCGUCUCCUCGCCAACGGUCUCUUGCAGCUGGGUCAGAGUAUGCGGGAGUUUGUGCAAAAGACAAAGGGGCAGAUAAGUGACAUCAUCCAGAAGCUCCACAUCUUCGACAGCUCCUUCUACCAGCUGUCGGUGCUCGCUAGUGAAAUCAAAGAGGAGGAAGAGGAGCUGAAGAAGACCACUGUGGUGUUAAUGGCCAACAAUGAGGAGAUCAAGGGUCUGUCUGUAGAUAUCAAUACCAAAGUGGACAACUUCCUGCAGGAGAAGAGCAGUCUACAGAGUAAGGUGGAGGGUCUGGAGGAUAAGCUGAGCAGUCUGACAACUGGCCUGAUGACAAACAAGCAGGUGGCAGAGAUCAACGGCCUCAGGGAGGUGAUCAUGAGCCAGGAGCAAAGCAUCACAAAGCUGCUGGAGGCUGUGAGGGACCAGAGUGACCAGCUGAGCCACCAGAGGUCAAAGAUCAAGAUCCUGGAGGAGAAGCUUACAGCCAACACUGUGGCUCAAGAGACCAUUGAGAGGACGUCUGAAAUGUUCUACAGCGAAGCACAAACACUGACACCUUUUCUGACCUCUGGCUCCACCAGCAACACUGACAAUAAGGAUCUGCCAUCAGACUGCAGCGAGCUGUUCGACAGAGGGGAGCAGGUCAGUGGAGUUUAUGCCAUCAAGCCCAAAGGAUCAGAGCCCUUCAUGGUCUUCUGUGACAUGAGCAGAGGCUUUGGAGCAACAGUCAUCCAGAGACGGAAGGACGGUUCUGUGAAUUUUGAUCAAGUCUGGCAGAGAUAUGAAGAUGGGUUUGGAGAUUUUCAAAGCGAGUUCUGGCUCGGCCUGAGAAAGCUCUACUCUCUGGCCUCUCAGGGAAACUCAGUCCUUCACAUCCAGCUGGAGGACUGGAAACAGGACAGGCGUGUCAUGGAAUACAGAUUUCACCUUGAUGGACCAGAGAGCAACUACACCAUUCUCCUCACACAUCUGUCUGGAGAUCUGCCCGACUGCAUGAGCAACCACAGCGGCAUGAUGUUCUCAACCAAGGACAGAGACAAUGACAGACUGCAGGAGUCCAACUGUGCCCUAAACCACUCAGGUGGAUGGUGGCUUAACGCCUGUGGAGAGGCCAACCUCAAUGGAAGAUAUUUCCACAUGAGACCUCGGGGACGAUCAGAGCGGAGGAGAGGGAUCCAAUGGAGGCCUGGCCAAAAAUAUUCUUCCUCACUAAAGUUCACCCAGAUAUCUGUCCACUCUGGGGCCUCAUCCAUUUCCUCUUCCUCCCUUGAAACAGGCAUCUUUCAGUGACCCUGAGACAUAACUCCCUAAAUUACAAAAACAAACAGUGCCCUCUGCAGGACAGCCUAUGUAAUGCAUGCUGGAAACAGCCAUGGUUAAGACGGCUCAGGAAGAGAAGAAAAUAAAAAUGUUUUCUCUGAGGGCAAAUUCCAUCCACAGACGACACUGAAUUAAGAUGUACAUUAGCGCUGUUGUGCGAAACAGAUUAAGAUUAAUAA